GAGAAGAAGUACCUACACCCUACAACCGUACGCCUUCCCACAACGGAUAACUAACUACAACUUUCAUUUCAUCUUUUCUUAUAUACUUACUCUCUUCAACAAACAAUAACAACAACACCACACACGCUGACGCCGUCAAACCAAAUUUCACUCUCCUUUUCAGUGCGUGCCUUUCACCAAACACGCCCUUUCUUCUCCUCUCUCUCUCUCUCCAGAUCUUUGCUCUCUCCAUUUUUCUGUCCUUCCUAACUCAAUUUCCCUCACGUAAACCAUGCUCCACCGCUUCACAAAUUAGGGUUUCUGCUGUCCGACACGUGGGGGAAUCGAUGGCGUCACUCAAUCCGCAGCCUCUGCAGUUCCAGCACCCUGCGAUACCCGUCGGCGACGACGGUGACAGUGACGCCGCUGAUGAUGAUGCUAUGGAUGAGUUGGAGGAUGCGCAUGUUACUUCACUGAACGUCGUUGCUAAUGCUGCCAGUGCCUACCAAGAACCGCUGCCUGCUAUGCCUUCCAGAACUAGCGAGCUCACUCUUUCUUUCGAGGGUGAGGUUUAUGUCUUUCCCGCAGUCACUCCUCAGAAGGUUCAAGCCGUCUUGCUGCUUUUGGGAGGACGUGAUGUGCACGCAGGUGUGCCUGCUGUUGAACUACCAUUUGAUCAAAGUAACAGGGGUAUGGGUGAUACUCCGAAGCUUUCGAACCUUUCACGAAGAAUAGCAUCCUUGGUCAGAUUCCGCGAGAAACGAAAGGAAAGAUGUUUUGACAAGAAAAUUAGGUAUACUGUGAGAAAAGAGGUGGCACAGAGGAUGCAUAGGAAGAAUGGGCAGUUUGCAUCCUUGAAAGAAAGCCCAGGUUCAUCUAACUGGGAUUCUGCCCGGAGUUCUGCUCAAGAUGGCACUUCUCAUUCUGAAUCUGUACGCAGAUGUCACCAUUGUGGUGUCACUGAAAAUAAUACUCCUGCAAUGCGUCGGGGGCCAGCUGGACCAAGGACUUUAUGUAAUGCAUGCGGCCUUAUGUGGGCAAACAAGGGCACACUCAGAGAUCUCAGCAAGGGAGGAAGAAAUCUUUCUGUUGUUGAGCAAAGUGAUCUGGAUAUUCCUAUUGAUGUCAAGCCUACUUCUGUUAUUGAAAGAGAAUUGUCCGGCAUCCAUGAUGAGCAAGGUAGUUCUGAAGAUCCGUCCAAGUCCAACACAGGUGAUGGCUCUAGUGGUCAUGCAGUAAACCCUAGUGAUGAGGAAUUGCCUGAAACUGCAGACCACUUUACGAAUGCUCCGCCAUUAGUAGGACUUGUUCAUUCUUCAAGGAAUGACACUGAACAGGAACCUCUGGUUGAACUUUCUAAUCCUUCAGAUACAGACAUUGACAUUCCAGGAAACUUUGAUUAGAAGGUACUAAGUGAUUCAUUA